AAAGGGAAAAAGUGCGAGACUCGUUGCGAUCGCGGAGGGAGAGGCGAGAGAGACAGAGGGGACCGAGUCUGAGAUCCCGCAUCAGCAGCGGCUAGUGAAAAAGGGAAGAAAAGUCGCGAUCGAGACGCAAUGCUGUACCUUGGUAGACCUGACGACUUCUGAUCGUGCGAGCUGCAGAAAAGAGAUGCUAAUGGUGUUCCCGAUCGAUGAGAAGUACGAAAAGUCACCGGGGAAAGCUUAAUGAAGCUUCGUCUGCAAUAAAGCUACGCUUUAAAAUAUGAUUUGGAAUAUUUUUGGGAAUAUUCGCCCGGAUUCCGCUGAGCGACUGCCCACUGUAAAUCAUCACUGGCAAAAAUGGGAUCUCCUUGGGAGAAGUAUUCAUUGAGUAGCUAAAUGCGAAAGAGAAGGAAAAGAAGAUUACGUAAAUCACUAAUAAACGUUAAUCAAACAGUUUAAUAAUAUUACAUAUCCAUUUCGUCAACGCACGGUUUGCUGAUAUUGGGAGUCACUUAGACUAGAUGGGAAUAAGUUAUUUAAUUUGUUUACUUUAACGAACGACUUAACAAUGUAUUUGAGUAAAGCACUUUUGUUUUUCCUGUUUUUGAACUUCGUGACAAUGAGUCUGUCGCUUUCCACUUGCACCACUGUGGACAUCGACCACAUAAAGAAAAAGAGAGUCGAGGCUAUCCGGGGACAGAUUCUGAGCAAGCUCCGAUUAACCAGCCCGCCGCAAACACUGGGUCCGAACCAGGUCCCUUUCAACGUACUGGCGCUGUAUAACAGCACCAAAGAGCUGCUCGAAGAGUUGGGGAGGGACCGGCAGCAGAGCUGCGGCCAGGAUAACACGGAGACCGAAUACUAUGCCAAAGAGAUACACAAAUUCAACAUGAUUCAGGGAACUUCAGAAAACAACGACCUGCUCCAUUACUGCCCCAAGGGCAUCACCUCCAAAGUGUCCCGCUUCAACAUCUCGUCCAUGGAGAGGAAUGCCACCAACCUGUUCCGGGCCGAGUUCCGGGUGCUGCGUGUCGUCAAUGAAGCCGCCACCACGCCUGAGCAGCGGGUCGAGCUCUACCAGAUCCUGAAGCUGGACGGUCACAUCGGCAAGCAGCGUUACAUCGCAGGCAAGAACGUGCUGACCAAGGCGCCGCCCGAGUGGGUCUCCUUCGACGUGACCGACACCGUCAGGGAGUGGCUCAUGCACCGAGAAAGGAACCUGGGCCUGGAGAUCAGUGUCCACUGCCCCUGUCACACCAUCAAGCCCAACGGCGACAUUGACGAGAAAAAUAACGAGCGGCUGCAGGUCAAGUUCAAAGGCCUGGAGGGGGACCCCGAGAGGAACCAGAAAGAGCCGCGUGAGUGGCCCCACCUGAUCCUCAUGAUGCUCCCCCCGCACCGCCUCGACUCCCACACCUCCCCCCGCCGAAGAAAGCGGGCGCUGGACACCAACUACUGCUUCAGUAAUUAUGAAGAGAACUGCUGCGUGCGCCCCCUGUACAUUGACUUCCGGCAGGACCUCGGCUGGAAGUGGAUCCACGAGCCCAAGGGCUACUACGCCAACUUCUGCUCUGGGCCAUGCCCCUACCUGCGGAGCGCCGACACCACGCACAGCUCGCUCCUGAGCCUCUACAACACCCUGAACCCCGAGGCUUCAGCUUCCCCCUGCUGCGUGCCCCAGGACUUGGAGCCCCUCACCAUCCUGUACUACGUGGGCCGGACACCCAAGGUGGAACAGCUCUCCAACAUGAUCGUCAAAUCCUGCAAGUGCAGCUGAGUGCACUGCCACGGCUUGGCAGAGUCAGCGGGGUGGGGGCGGAGUAAGGGGCAAUCGGACCACCACCCACAACCCCCCCCCCCCCCCCCCCCCCCCCCCCCCCAGCUCAUCAGCCAUGUGGCCAGACCCCCACGGCCCUGAAGCACCACAGCGACUGCUUCAGAGUGAGAUGCUUUGGAGACCUCUUCAGAUCCGUCUCACUAGUGCCUCUACAAUGAUCCCCAAGAUUUUUUGUAACACCCCCCCCCCCACCCCCAACAGCCCUGGGCAUUUCAGACACGCAUGUUUAUAAAAGACAAAAAUGGAACAAGGACAGAAUCCUGUUUCCUUGCGGUGACCUACUGGCUUUGAGGACAUAACUGUAGCCCAGACAGCCGAGGUGGAGGCUCUCGCCGGACCUGGAACCGGAACCGGGCAUGGAACCAGAACCACAAGUGACCGGGCCUGAAGGGAGGGCGUGUCACAUGAGGAAGAGGACGGAUGGGAUGCUCGACGCCGGAACCCCAACACUGUUAAUCUAGGAAAAGUACUGAUUCCCAUAGUCUUAGGAAAUCUUAGGAAUGCUGGAAAAAAAAAUUUCUUAAAAAAAAUUUAAACAAAAAAAAAAAAUUAAAAAAACAAAAAAGAACAAAAAAUUUAAACAAAACUAUUUCAUUUUCGCUUUUACCUCUAUUUACACAACACAGUGUUUUAGGGACUUUUUUUCAUAAAUGAAGUGGAUUUUUCCUGUUGUACAAAAAAAAACACCAUUGUAUGUCACUAAGUGAACACUUUGCUAAAUCACAGACUGUUCAUGUUUUUACUUCUGUUAUUCAUGAAAACACCUUUUUUUUAAUUAAAAACAGAUCUUGGACAAA